AUGAUGGAUAUUACUAUGACAGCGAUUGCAAAGCACGGUUAUGACUUUGACAAAAGCGUAUGCGGGGAUGAUGGAUACACAUAUGACAAUGAUUGCAAGGCCCGAUGUUAUAGUACGGGAGUUGCUUGCAAUGGCCAAUGUCCAUGUACAGGCACUGGUACAGGUGUGGUCACUGGAUGUUCAGCAUGUACAUCCUAUUAUGAUCCUGUUUGUGGUGCAGACGGGCAAACAUACUCAAACUAUUGCCAAGCAAACUGCAAAAAUGUUCCGGUGCAGUGUGAAGGUACUUGCCCCUGUACUAACACCGUAUGUUCUUGUACUGGCUAUGACAAUAGCAAAAGUGUAUGCGGGGAUGAUGGGUACACAUAUGAUAAUGACUGUAAGGCCCGAUGCUAUAACACAGGAGUGGCCUGCAAUGGUCAAUGCCCGUGUUCUGGUACAGGUACCGGCACGGUGACUGGUUGUGCUGGUUGUACAACCUAUUAUGAUCCUGUUUGCGGGACCAAUGGACAAACAUACACUAACUACUGCCAAGCAAAUUGUAAUAAUAUUGCAGUCCAAUGUGAGGGUAUAUGUCCGUGCACAAAUAACGUUUGCUCCUGCUCAGGAUACGACUAUGAUAAAAGUGUAUGCGGAGAUGAUGGAUACACAUAUGACAAUGAUUGCAAAGCCCGAUGUUAUAAUACUGGAGUUGCCUGCAAUGGACAAUGUCCAUGUUAUUCUGAGGGCUGUGACUGUGACAGAGAUCUAAGCGGUUUUGUUUGUGGACAAGAUGGAGUAACGUAUAGAAGUUUCUGCAGUGCCAACUGCUUUGGUUCUAAGGUUGCCUACAAUGGGACAUGUAAACCUUGAGAGUUCAUGGCUAAUUCAAAUCUUACAUCAGCGCUGGUGGAGGGGAUAAAAAUGCUUAUAUUUUAUAAUUAUUUUAUAAUUGGAUAUAUAUUAUGUUUUAUAUAACAAUUUUGAUAAACACAUA